CCGAGCGCCGGGGCAGAGCAGGGGCGGCCCCGGGCGAGAGAGUGGUGGCGGUAGAGGCCGCCUCGGCAGCUGCGCGCUCCCGGGCCGGCCAGCCGGGGCUUCGCAGAGGAUCGGGCUGAGCUCCGCAGAGCUGGCGGGGCCGGCCCGGAGCUCCCCUGUGCCCUGAGCCCCGCGCGCCACGCUGGUGGCGCCAGAGCCCUGCCGUCUGGGGCGCAGCUACUAGGUUUUGAAGGGACGGGGCUCCGGGCUGGACAGCGCUCGGGCCGGCUGCUCCCUCUUGGAGCCGGGCGGUCGGAGUCCUGGUCCCAGGCUCAGGAGCAGAGAGAACAGAACGUGGGGCCAGCAGGUCGGACCAGUGGGCACUGCUGUGGGGCAGGUGGAGGCAGUCUGACGCCAGUAGAUGAACAGACAGAAGCGGGGCGAUCCCAAAGGAGGAUGAGCGAGAGGGCCCUGCGGAACUGGAGCCUGGGCAGCUGGCUGCUGGCACUGUGCCUGGCCUGGCUGUGGACUCGGCCGGCCUUGGCUUCCUUAGAGCCUCCAACUACUGCAGUCCUGGUGAAGCAGGGAACCUGCGAGGUGAUCGCCGCUCAUCGCUGCUGCAACCAGAACCGCAUUGAGGAGCGCUCCCAGACCGUCAAAUGCUCCUGCCUUUCGGGCCAGGUGGCCGGCACCACCCGGGCCAAGCCCUCCUGCGUGGACGCCUCCAUCGUCCUGCAGAGGUGGUGGUGUCAGAUGGAGCCCUGCCUGCCGGGAGAGGAGUGUAAGGUGCUCCCGGACCUGUCGGGGUGGAGCUGCAGCAGUGGACACAAAGUGAAAACCACCAAGGUCACCCGAUAGGGGUCACAGCCUGGGCAAGACAGACUUGGCGGAGCCACAGUCGCAUUCAGUGGUCGGCCAGCAGACGUGGGCGCACCCCACACCCCCUGUGCAACGGGUUGGUCUUUCCAGGGACAUCACAGUGAAGCUGCCCAGCACAUAUGGGUGACUCCAGCCACACACCUGGUGUUGAGCUCCCCUGGGACACAGAAGAAGGUCAUGACGUAAUUCCUGCUGUCCAAGAAUCGCUAGUGCAGUUGGGCAAUUUAGCUGAUGACAAUUUAGAUAACUUAGAUUAAAGCAUACGGUACCAGAUUGCGGCUUCUGGGCUACAUACUGUGGGCCUGGUGGAAGCUUGGGGAUGAGACUCCCAUGGCUGUUCAGUCACCCCCUGGUGACGGGAGGUCCCGUUCGCAGCUUCACAUCAGUCCUGCAGCCCUAGCAAGCUGCUAACCCGUUGAAGGAAAACACUGCUGCCUUAUGCCAGACCAGCGGUGUCUCGUUUGGAUGGGAUUGCGUUGACUGGGGGAAGGAAAGGGAAGAUGGAGUGAAGCAACUUUUGCACAAAGCUUCUGCAGAAACGUGGCAUGGUUGGGGCCAUUCACUGGGUAUGGGAUGAAUGGGUCUUACAAUCGCCCCCUUCCAGGCCCCUCAGGGUUUUGUUUGCUUGCUUGUUUGAGCCGAUGAGGAAACAGUCCCCAGGGAGGUGGGGUAACUGGACUGAGGUCUCAGCCUGGGUCCCCAGGCCCGCGAGACUGCUCACCCUCUACUGGCCCUGAUGCUGGGAUUCCGACCAGGGCCUUCCCAGGUUAAUUUUUUCUCAAGCACCAGACCCUGGGGCGAACUAAAGACAAUAGCAGCAUUUUCCUCGGUGAUGCUGGAGCAGGAACUUUGAGCAAGGUCACUGUCAUCCUGUCUGCAAUAAGCCAGAAGCCUCACACACCACAGCCUGGGGCCCCUGGGUGUCCAGUUUGCCCUCAGCCCCUAAGAUUCCAAACACACCCCAUGAUGGCCCCAAGGUCAUGCAGCCCGGCCACAGCCUGGGCUCUCAGAGCUGGCGUCCCCGUGGCCGGCCCUGACGCACUUCCUCUGGAGUCUUCAAGCGGAGCGCCCGGCGACUCUGGCUGCAGGGGAGUCUGGAUGGUGUCUCCUCCCUUAAAGGCCGCUGCCGGGCGGGUGGGAGGGGGCAGGCUGGAGCCGCUUCUGUGCAGGGCUGAGGGCCAGCAGACAGGCUGGAGGUGACACGGGGGCUCAGCGGCCUGGACUACUUGGGAGUCUCACCAGUAAGAGUUGUAGCAGCCUGCCAACUCCUGGGUGGGGUCACCUGGGCCCUGGGGAGAGGGGUGGCAGUGGAGACCAGCCCGGAGGAGGCUGAGUUCUGGCCCUUGGAGAAGGCGAGUCAGGUGAAGGUUCCUCCCUCCCUCCCUGCUCAUCCCACUGCGGUUUAUGUUCUUGGUUCGGUUUGGUUUUGGUGUUGGUAGUGGGGUGAACAGUGAUGCCAGCCUCUCAGUGGACUGUCACUGGGCUCCCGAGGCAGGGCAGUCAGGUAGCUGGGCACAGGAUUUCACUGCCUCCUUCCGGGCUGGGGCUGGAGUAAGGGUUUGGUGACCUUGACCUGGAAAGGGCCCGAGAGUGAAUAUUUCCAGCUUUACAGACCACAUGCAGUCUCUGUGGCAGAUCCUUCGCUGCCUUUGCCAUUCGUGUCUGUCCGGUUUUAAUGGGAAAACCAUUCUUGGCUCUGGGACUGCACACGAGCAGCCCCUGGGCCUUUUCAGAAGGUUCUCGGGGCCCUUGGAGAGCAGGCCACCUGCACAGCUUGGCACUGCCUCCCAGCCUCCUGGCCUGCUCCCUGCACAGUGGGAACCUGAGCAUGAGGCCCGGGUCGGGUUUUGUUUUUCUUCUAAUGCUCCUUGAGAGGUCGAGGAGUAAAUUAUUUAGGCUACAAAUGAGACAGCUUUGGCCAAGUCAGUAAGCGCCCGCCCGCCUGGAGGCCAGCUGCAGACUUCUCUGCGGCCUCUGUCCCCCCCCUCCCCGCCGAGGCUCCACCCAGGAGGAGGGGAGGGGGCUCCAGCCCCUGCUCGUCCACUGCAUCCUCUGGCUGCUGGGCUGGGAAGCAAGCCUGAGAGACGGGAUGAUGCUACGCUUGGGCUGCCCUGUGCCACCCUGCACCGCCACCAGGCCUCAGCCAAGGUCGAGCUCCCCGACCUUCUCUGGCCUCCCUCCCCCCUGCUUUCCCUUGGCACAUUCUGGAUUGGCUGACUCAUUGUUUUCUAACUCCUCACACCUUGCUUUCCCCGUGAACCACGUGUGUGUGUGUGUUGGGUGGUCCUUUCUGUGACAGCGGGAGCCCCACCCAGGAGGGUCUGAUGGGGAAGGGAGGGUGUCCCACCUCCCGCCAGUGGUUUCCUGGAGCUUCUCACCACGUAUCUUUGGAAGUAGGAAUGACUUUCCCUGGGGCUGUUUGUCCCCUUAGUGGGGUGGAAUUGCAAGAUUUCCGGAAGUGAGCUGCCACCCCCCACCCCCUCAGCUGCGAAGGCCUCGGGAAGGUUGCCAGCUGCAGGAGAUCAUGUGGCUAAUUUGCUAAUUGCUAUUGGCCUCCUGGCAGUUUCAUUAGGGUCUGUGAGUGACAUCCUAAUUAAUGGCCCAAGACAGCUGCCCAGAGUCGAGGCCGCAGCUUCCUAAAAUCAUAAGCUUACAGUUAGAAAGGAUUUUAGAGACCAGUUACCUCUCAGUAUCUCUCAUUUGGUGGAUGAGGCUAGUGAGGCUCAGAGAGGUUAGGUGACUCGCCCAAAGUCACACAGCAAGCUGGUGGCAUGCCCAGUCCGGCAACCACUACUGCCCGUCACAUCUUACCCUGGUUCAGAUGGAGAGUUUGAAAAGAAGCCAGCACUUGGACAAGGACAAGUGGGAAAGCAUCCUGCAUAGAAGCACCCAACCCUGCCAGUGGCAGACAGGACAAAAAAUGGGAUACGUUCAUGGGAGGAGGGAAGGUGGGGAUUGUGAUCAUUCAUUUGAAACACCAAAGCACAGCACAAAGAAUUAGAACUACUGGUGCCACACCCAGCACGACUGUGUUCCUUCCUGGCGGAGACAGGGCUGAGCCCACACUCACCUUUGGAAGAUCCGUGCAGCAUCUGGGAUCCUUAGACCCUGCUGCAGGGGUCUGCACACUGAGAGUCCAAGGCCCAAUGUGGCCCUCCACCUUUUUAAUUUUCAAUAAAGUUUUAUUGGAACAAAACUGCAUUUGUUUAUUUAGUAUACUGUGACUGUUGUGCUAUGACAGUGGAGUUAAGUAAAGAGACUAUAUGGCCUGUAAAGCCUGAAAUACUUACCCUAAACUUUUAUUUAAAAAUUUUGGCAGGGUAGCUGUUUGGCAUAGUGAUCAAGGCGUCUCCUGGGACGCCUGUAUCCCACGUCAGAGAACCUGGGUUCAAGUCCCAGCUCUGGUCCAGAUUCCAGCCUCCUGCUACUGCACACCCUGGGAGGCAGCAGGUGAUGACUCCCUAGUUGGGUCCCUGCCACCCCCAUGGAAAACCUGGAUUGAGUUCUUGGUUCCAGCUCCUGGCUUUGGCCUGGCCCCAGCCCCCUGGCUGUUGCAGGCAUUUGGGGGGUGAACUAGCAGAUAAGAGAUUCUCUCUUUCUCUGUCUUUCAAAUAAAUAACAAAAAUGAAUGUUUUUUAAAAAUGUAUUUAUUUAUUUGAAAGAUGGUUACAGAGAGGUAGAGACAGAGAGAGAGGUCUUCCAUCUGCUAGUUCACUCCCCAAAUGGCUGCAACAGCUGAAGUUUUGCCCAUCAUAAGCCAAGAAUCAGGAGCUUCUUCCGGGUCUCCCACAUUGGUGCAGGGGCCAAAGAACUUGGGCCAUCUUCUACUGCUUUCCCAGGCCAUAGCAGAGAGCUGGAUUGGAAGUGGAGCAGGCAGGACUCAAACAGGCGCCCAUAUGGGAUGCCAGCACUGCAGGCGGCGGCUUUACCUGCUACACCACUGGCUGCUGCACUUUUCAUCCAGCUCCUUGCUAAUGCACCUGGGAAGGCAGCAGAGGAUGGUCCAAGUACUUGGGCCCUGCCACCCAUGUGGGAAACCUGGAUGGAGUUCCAGGCUCCUGGCUUUGGCCUGGCUCAGCCCCAGCCAUUAUGGCAAUUUGGGGAAUUUAACCAGCAGAUCGAAGAUCUGUCUUUCCCUCUCUAACUCUGCAUUUCAAAUAAAUAAAUCUUAAAAACAAAACAAAACAAAAAACAUUUUGCCACCCCCUUCCACAGUGCUUCUACUGAGCUUUUCUCAACAUACCCUAGCAAUCUGGAAAGUGCUGACCCUGCACUGUAUUCCUGCAUUGGGGGAUUUCUCUGCUUUAGGCAAUGUGUGUCCCCUUUAAUCCCUCCCAGUGCCACCUGUGCUGUUUAACAACCCAAGAAAUGAAGGCACCAAGCCCGAGGGAGGCCGAGGGAAAGACUUGGAGGAGACGCCUGUUUCCUAAGGUGUUGUCAUACCCAGAGCAGCUCAGUUCAUAUUUUCCAAGUUCAUAUAACUUCUGCUUUCAAACUUAACAGAAGUAACCAUGCGUGCACCCAUGUAUCAAGACAUAAGUGUGCGUGCAUGCUGCUGGAGUUUCUGUGUGUCUGAGGAUUUGAGUAUCUCCAUGCCCCACAAGCAAGGACUGAAAGGUAGAGAAUAAAGUUAAAAUCACAUCACAUCAGUAUGAACGUGUUACCGUAAAUAUUAACAAGUUGUUUUCUUCCUUCUUUCCAUUCAUGACAGUGAUCAGGCCCCUUUAUUACCCAAAACAACCAGAAAAUCAUGCUGAUGCUCCCUGAGAUUUCCAUCAAAACCAAGAGGUGGGCAUUUGGCCUAAUGGUUCAGAUGCUGGCUCAGGACGCCCACGUGCCAUAUUGGAGUGCCUGGUUCAAGUCCUAGUUCUGCUCCAAAUUCCAGUCCCUUGCUAAAGUGCACCCUGGGAGGCAGUUGGCGAUGGCGCAAGUAGUUGGGUCCCUGCCAAAGUCUGGCCCAAGCCUGGGACUGUUGUGGGCAUCUGGGGAGUGAGCCAGUGGAUGAGGUCACUCUCUCUCACUCUCUCCUGUUUCCCUGUUUCUCAAAUAAACAAGAUGAAAUUAAAGAACACAAAAAUGAGUCCACAUGCAAUAAAGGAGAAAAGUAUUUUCUGCUUGAACCAACCAAGUCAUUGUAAUGUAACACAUACUUGAAUCAUUUAAUCCCCAUGAGAGCCUAUGAGGUAAGCGUCAUUAACACCAGUUGACAGGUGCAAAUAUUCAGAGGAAAAAAAAAGAUCUUGGGGCAUCCAAUAGCUGCCUCCAGGCUGCGGGUCUGGGAGCAGGAAAUAGCUUGUUGAACGUCAGAGCUGAAGGGCAGCCAUUUUUUCUAUGCAAUCCUCACAACAAUGCCAUAAGGUAGCUAGCACUACUCUUUGGUUACAGGCAAGGACUCUAAGACCCAGAGGUUAAGUUAUCUGGCAGAGGUCACACAGGCACUGGGCAGAAGAACCAGGGUCUGAGUCCAGGUCUGCUCAGCCCUGAAACUCAUAGCCUCUUAUCACUCAUGGGCUGUGUUCUGGUCAUAUGCUUGGGAGUUGAAUGCUAAGAGCCCAAACACUUCGUAGUAAAUGCUUAGGGAAGGUGGGAGGGGCCGGGGGUGGACAGGUAACAAGUGCCAGGAAACAGGUGUGUCCUCAGUGUUAUGGGAGGGCAGAGGAAGGAAAGUGUGUGUGUGUGUUUCUCUGUGUGUGUAUGUCUGUGUGUGUGUGUAUCUGUGUAUGUUUGUGUGUGUCUGCUUCUAUGUAUGCAUCUCUGUGUGUGUAUGUGUGUUUUGAAGGGAAAGGAGAACAAAGGCUAAGAGAACAGCAUUUACAAAGAAGGCUGGAAACAAGUUCAAGUAAAUAAGUAGCUGGAAUGUGAAGAGAGAGGGUGACGGGUAAAGCUGAAAGCUGGACACAGCAGCUCUCAGAAGUGCUGUACACUGGAGUUUUACCUUUUUAAAAAGAUAUUUAUUGGAGUUUUACCUUUUAAAAAAGAUAUUUAUUAUUUGAAAGGCAGAGUUAGAGAGAGAGAGAGAGAAAGAGAGAGAGAGAGGGGGAGAGAGAGAGAGAGGUCUUCCAUCUGCUGGUUCACUCCCCCGAUGGCUGCAACUGCCAGGGCUGGGCCAUGCUGAAGCCAGGAGCUUGGAGCUUCAUCUGGGUCUCCCACAUGGGUGGCAGGGGCCCAAACACUACUUUCUACUUUCCCCA